AUGCACGCAAGAUUCAUCGCCGUCACCUUGGCAUCCCUUUCCCUGGCCUCGCAGGCUCUGGCAUGGGGUUGCUUCGGCCAGGACUGCAACCAGGCCGCCAACCAGAUCGCAUUCUCAGCACCCCAAGCCGAGAGUCACAGCGGAAAGACCAAAGCGUCGGCGUGGGAACCUACUCCUGGUCAAGGCUGGCAAUGGGCUAGCUGCGGAACCGGCGACGAAGUGGUCGACAUCGACAGCAUCGUUGUCAGCCCUGACCCGCCUGUUCCCGGCCAGAACCUCACCGUUCGUGCCAAGGGCACCGUCAAGGACGAAGUCAGCGACGGAACAUUCGCAGACGUCGUGGUCAAGCUCGGUCUCAUUAGGCUCCUUGCUCGUCGGUUCGACGUUUGCGAGCAGGCGAGGGAGGCCAACGCCGAGAUCCAGUGCCCAAUCUCGGCUGGCGACUACGAGCUCGAGCAGACCGUCGCUCUGCCCCGAGAGAUUCCACCCGGCAAGUUCAACGUUCACGUCACUGGCCAGAACCAGGACGGAUCAAACCUGCUCUGCCUCGACCUCAGCAUCCAGUUCGGCUUCCGUCGUUAA